CUCCUGUCGUUUCUCAUAUCGCUGUGCAAGGCUUCUCCCGGUGGCGCUGCGGAGCCGAAAGGCCCGUUGGAGUGUCGGCUGCCAAACAGGAGGGGAUUAAAUGAUUGCUGGAUGAUCAGGCUUUGACCUCACUCACUGCCCAACUGCCUUCUAAACCAGUGAUAAUGGAACUGAAGCUUUGAGGAAGGAGAUGGUGGCAGUUGGGAAAAGAAGAAAUUAAGAUUUCCUAAAAGACAGAAAAAAUGGAGGAGUCAAUAAACCAAAUGCAGCCACUGAAUGAGAAGCAGAUAGCCAAUUCUGAAGACGGAUUUGUAUGGCAGGUCACUGACAUGAAUCGACUACACCGGUUCUUAUGUUUUGGUUCUGAAGGUGGAACUUAUUAUAUCAAAGAACAGAAGUUGGGCCUUGAAAAUGCUGAAGCUUUAAUUAGAUUGAUAGAAGAUGGCAGAGGAUGUGAAGUGAUACAAGAAAUAAAGUCAUUUAGUCAAGAAGGAAGAACCACAAAGCAAGAACCAAUGCUCUUUGCACUUGCCAUUUGUUCCCAGUGUUCUGACAUAAGCACAAAACAAGCAGCAUUUAAAGCAGUUUCUGAAGUUUGCCGUAUCCCUACACAUCUCUUUACUUUUAUCCAGUUUAAGAAAGAUCUGAAGGAAAGUAUGAAAUGUGGCAUGUGGGGUCGUGCCCUAAGGAAGGCUAUAGCAGACUGGUACAAUGAGAAAGGUGGCAUGGCCCUUGCUCUGGCAGUUACAAAAUAUAAACAAAGAAAUGGCUGGUCUCACAAAGAUCUGUUAAGAUUGUCACACCUUAAACCUUCCAGUGAAGGACUUGCUAUCGUGACCAAAUAUAUUACAAAGGGCUGGAAAGAGGUCCAUGAAUUGUAUAAAGAAAAGGCACUUUCUGUGGAGACUGAAAAAUUAUUAAAGUAUUUGGAGGCUGUAGAGAAAGUGAAGCGCACAAAAGAUGAACUGGAAGUAAUUCAUCUAAUAGAAGAACAUAGAUUAGUUAGGGAACAUCUUCUAACAAAUCACUUAAAGUCUAAAGAGGUAUGGAAGGCUUUGUUGCAAGAAAUGCCUCUUACUGCGUUAUUAAGGAAUCUAGGAAAGAUGACUGCUAAUUCUGUGCUUGAACCAGGAAAUUCAGAAGUAUCUUUAAUAUGUGAAAAACUGUGUAAUGAAAAACUGUUAAAAAAAGCUCGUAUACAUCCAUUUCAUGUUUUAAUUGCAUUAGAAACUUACAAAACAGGUCAUGGGCUCAGAGGAAAACUGAAGUGGCGCCCUGAUGAAGACAUUUUGAAAGCAUUGGACAUCGCUUUUUACAAAACAUUUAAGACAGUUGAGCCAACUGGAAAGCGUUUCUUGCUGGCUGUUGAUGUUAGCGCUUCUAUGAACCAAAGAGUUUUGGGUAGUAUACUCAAUGCAAGUGCAGUUGCUGCAGCAAUGUGCAUGGUUGUCACACGAACAGAAAAGGAUUCUUAUGUGGUUGCUUUUUCGGAUGAAAUGGUACCAUAUCCAGUCACUGCAGAUAUGACCUUACAACAGGUUUUAAUGGCUAUGAAUCAGAUCCCAGCAGGUGGGACUGAUUGCUCUCUUCCAAUGAUAUGGGCUCAGGAGACAAAUACAGCUGCUGAUGUCUUCAUUGUAUUCACUGAUAAUGAGACCUUUGCUGGAAGUAUCCAUCCUGCUGUUGCUCUGAAGCAGUAUCGGAAGAAAAUGGAUAUUCCAGCUAAAUUGAUUAUUUGUGGAAUGACAUCAAAUGGUUUUACCAUUGCAGACCCAGAUGAUAGAGGCAUGUUGGAUAUGUGUGGUUUUGAUACUGGGGCUUUGGAUGUAAUUCGAAAUUUCACAUUAGAUGUGAUUUAACCAUAAGCACCAGCAUGAUCUACGAGGUCCAUGGCUAGUGGACCUCACAAAAAAUACAUAGCUACUUCCCAGCUAAUCGUAAUCCAGUGAAAGAUGAUUGUAAAGUAUGUGCUUAAUGGAAAGUUAUCCUACACACAAAAAGACAAGGGAAAUAAGAUAAGGCCAAAGUUCUUCCUGUCUACUAAACUAGCUCUUGGGAAAUAGCUUCAGAAUACACUGUAUCUUCUUCUAAGAGAGAAUUCCUGUUAAUAGACACUGUAAAAUAGUAGAACAGUUUUGCUUUGGAAAAAUCAUAACAUUUGUAUUUAAAAGAGGUGAGAGCCAAAAGUAUAAGUGGUUCCAGAUCAUGACACUUUUAACAGCUUGUUUGAGAAGUGCUUAAAGUUUUCCUAAAUGUUUUCUUUGGGAAAGGACAGCUUUGAUUAUUUCCAAAUAAUCUGAAGUGCACUAGACCAUGUUACUGUGAUGGAAUAUGAAAAUCAUCUGUAAACUUUUAUAUCGGGGUGGGGACUAAGACAUUUGACUAAAUUAUGAAUGAGUUUACAAAUUCCUCCCAGAGCCUUCUAAGAUCAUGUGACAAUUUUCUUAGUUAGUAAAAAGGAUAUUUUAUUUUUGAUGUUUUAUUCACACUUAAAGAAUUUGUAUCAUUAACCAGAAGCAUAAAGGAAAUCCCUGAGAAGAGGCUCCAAAGUUUGUGUCUGCUGAGGAAGCCUAUUUGGUGUCUUUGUUUUAUCAUGUUGGUUUAUUUUAUUGCCGUGAGGGAGGGACAUGACUUGACAGCAGGUUUCUCUGAAGUAAAACAACGUAGCCACAUGCAUUCACAUUUUUUCAUGCUUUUCAAUGAAAACAAAAAAUGUUUCAAGCAUUUAACUCCCCCAUCCAUAAUCUUAAAAGUAUAAAUUAAAAGCUCAACUAUAACCAAAUUAGCUUUCCCUUUACUUUUAAAAUAAAAGUAACUAUUUUUUAGCCACUUGUAAAUGUUUUUUAUAUAUUUUCUAACUGUAAAAAAGUUAAUGGCUUCCUAUCUCUUUGUCCAUUAGUCAUUUUGUGAUGAAACAUUGAUAGUGGAAAAAAUUAAUAAAGUGAGCUAAUUCCUUCAUGUUUGAAAGGCAGAUUUUGAGUAGCCUAUACCACUAACAAGAAAUUUUUUUCCCGUUCAGUUUGUGUAUAUUAAACUUCCUUAUCAUUACACUAAAGUGCAUUAUUUUCUUGAGCAAGAAACCAUUUUUCAUGGGGAAGUUUAACAUUAAAGCAACCUGAUGAAAUGCCAACAUCUUUGCUCAAAAUUUAAUUAUGGGUGUGUAAGAUAGCUUACAUAUAAAGUCCUUCCUACCAUUUUGUGUUAAGUUAGACUCUAGUAAAUGUAAAUUAUAACCUUACAUGCUUGGGGAUUAGAGGUUUUGUGUCUGUAGGAGGGAAGACUUGAGUAGUAGUAGAAUUUGUGGAGAUAUUUUCUUUUUCAUGGGCAGUUUGAGCUCUGGUAGUGAUAGGAAAAUGUUCCUUUCAAACUCUUUAUUUGACAUAUUAAUGCUGGCCCUGAUACGUAGCCAUUCCUUCAGGGGAACUGGAAGCAUUUUUUAAAUGUUGUGAUUUACCUGGGACGUUUUUUGGUCAGCAAAACUAGUAAUGGGCGGUGGGGGGGCAGCCUUGCUUCUGAUGUCAUGACAGUUUUGUACGGUAGAUGAAGACAUUGUGAUUUUAACACUCUGCCAAACACUGAAUUUAGCAUGUUAGCUUCUUUUGACACAUUAAAAUAUUAUGUUGUUCAGAGUAAAUUUAAGGUUUAAAGAAACUAAAAAAUUGUGUAAUAGCUAUUGAAUUCUUUAAGUAAACCCAUGGUUUUCCUAAAAAUUACAACAUGAUCUAGCUUUUUAUUCCUAAUAGAAAUGUUAAACAGAAUAUAGCAUAAAAGUUUAUUCCUUUAGUUAUAUUUCUACAGUUACAUUUCUAUAGAUAUUCUUAGAUAAAUAUCUCUAGGAGCUAAUAUUAAAUCCAUCAGAAAUAAGAUUAGACAUGACCUUUAUGAAGUAUUUUGGAAAGUAAUUAAAUGGAUUGGGGUUAUGAUUUAAGAAAGAAAGAAAAGAAAAAGGAACCAACAUAGAAGGUUAUUUUAUUUUCAAGUCAUGAAGUUUUGGAGCUUUGAGAUUUAUAAGCUAACUUUUUUAUUUUAUUAGGCAUCAAAAUCAUACCAAGAGAGAGUGUGGCUUUGGAGCACUAGACCUAGAAAUCUUGGUCUCUUGAAUCCCAUUCCAGUAUUCGUUUCCCCUACAACAUGGAAGACAUUGACUCAGAAGAGUAGAGGAUAAAAUAGAAUUAUUCAGUACUUUAAUAUAGAUACUAGGAAACAGUGUUUAUCCGUGAUUGCUUUAGGAAUAGAGUAACAGGGAGAUUGUGAACAUGUAUUAUUUUGUAAUUCAUAGUAAAUCUUCAAGCACAAAUAAUGUUUUAAUAACCUAUGUUGACAUAUGAAAUAGUCCUAUAGAAAAAAAUUUUAAACUUUACCCCAAGAAUAAAAUGCACAAGUGAUAAACAAGUUUUAUUUUCCCAGUUAAUUUUAGGAAUAUUCUUACAUUAACAUUUGGGGAAAUGUUACUUUUUAAAACAAUCCUAAGUAAAAUAAACACAUUUCUUAGAUAAAUAUGUAAAUAUGUUCAGGAUAUAGUUGUAAUUAGUAAAACAAAAGCUAAUCUUACAAGCUUAUCCUUCCUUGGUUAGUUGACAUUUCUUAGAAAUUCCAUUUUUAUCACUGCUAUAUAUUAUUUAGUUUAUAGUAACUAUAAGAAUAUUAGUGAGCAAGAUGCUAGUGGAUGUAAGUUAGUAUUAUCUCUCUGGAAUCUCUUUAUCUAAUUUACUGUGUGACUGUAGGCAACCAAUUUAACCUCUGACUCAGUUUCACUAUCUUAAAACAGUAACAUUUGAUGCUUGAAUCAUAAAAGAAUCAAUGAUAUUUGUAUAAAAGUUGAAAUUGGGAAGACUUGCAAGACAAGUUAGAACUCUUUUUUUCUUAAUUGAACAUUCUUAUUAAGAUAUUUUUUGAGAGAAAAAUGUUUUAGAAAAAUAGCUCAAUAGACCUUUUUUAAAACACUCCUGUAUACAGUGUAAAACUAUAGAAAAAAAAUUUUCACAAUGGAUGUAUUGACUCACAACUCACUAUUCUAUGAUAGAGAAAAAAAUAUAUCCCAAGUAUGAGAUCCUCAUGAAUAGAUCUAGAAAAACAAAUUCAUCUUCUAAAUGAGGAGAUGCUCUUAGCACACAUUUUCUUUAAUCUUUUAAAAUAAUAGCUAAAUCUCCAAAUGAUAAAAUAUCAUUUUUGUCAGGCUUUCUUAUUUUCUGAGAUUUUGUGGGGGAAAAAAAAAUAAGUAACUGUUUUGGAAAGUGAAGGCCUUUCAGGGUCUGACAUGUGACAUACAUCUUUAAAAGCAUAAUAGAGCUUGUUGGACUUAUUUUAAUUUCACAUAAAGAUAUAAUAGCCACAAAUAAAAAUUUCUAGGUAAGUGAUGUCCUUACAGUAGAUAAUCAAAAAUCCAAAAUUCUAGUCUCGUCAACCACAGGUUUGGGGUGAUUUGUUAAGGCAGUAUGCCCUCUAGAGAAACAUUAUAUAGCCUCAAUGCAAACAUGUACCAGGAAGAAUUAGAAGGAAAAAAAGAUAGAUUAAGCUAUGAAAUUAGUUGUAUUUACUUAUAUGCAGUUUAUUUAGGAUCUCCCUAAUCUCUUUUUAUUAAAAAAAAUUCCUUUAUACUUCUCGUUUUCUAUUAAAUUCCUUUCUUCUGACAUUUUUGUCUUUUCUUUCUUUUUCUAGUCUUGAUAUACCUGGGUAAUAAAAAUAACAAGAAAGACCUACAUUUAGGUUUGGGAUGAAUAUUAGGGAUCUGCAGCUUGCCUUUUGUUCCAUACAGAUUUAAGAUUUUCUUUUUUUUCAGAUUAAUAAUGGGCUGGUCUCUUUGAAAAAAUAACUGGAUUGACAUUCUCUCCCCAAAUCAAGUUAUAUCAUAUACUUUUUGUUUUAGGUAUUUGCAGAUAUUUUGUGGUCCUUUGAGUAAAAUAAAUUAUUCAGUCUUUCUUUGCUUGAAAUUAUAGAUACUCCUACCUGUAUUUGGGAAGAUAAUUGCUCUACGAGUAAGCACCCUUAGAAAAUAAUUCAAUAAACUGUUUCAGAAAAUAGCAUGCUUCAGUGCUCAUACUUCAUAAUUAUUAGGACCACUAUCAAAGUCUUUGGUCUAAUAAAUAUUUCUCUGAGCUUAUAUCUACAUGGCUUGUAGCAUAAAAGUUCUUGUAAAUAACCUGUACUCACAUUCAAUUUUUUUUACUGAUGAAUAUUUUUGUUUGCUUUUUGGAAAUACUAUAAAGUUAAUUAAAAGUUUAAUUGUAUGGUAAUAUUUUUUGUGUAGAAGCUAAUAAUGUGGUUAAGCACACGGUGGGAAUAAAAUUAUAAUGACACAUUUUCCUAAAUAUUGAAUAUACCAAAUUAUAUUGAACAGUGGUGGAAAGAACAUAAAUUAGAGGAGAUCUGUUGGAAAAUUCUAUUACUGAAAUUAAGGUGAUUAUUUUCAGUGAGAAUGAAUUUGUAAAUGCAGUGAAAAUAUACAAAUGGUAACUGUUUCUGAUCUUUUAAAAGAUUUUUCUCUGCUUCUAUUUCGUUUAGUGCCACCAUGCCAUUAGUUUUUAUAAAAAUGAAUACAUGUAAUAUUUUUAAUUUUAAAGUGUAUUUAAAUGUCUGCCUUUUUUAAAAUUAUCAGAAUUUUUUGUUUGAACACAAUUAAUAGUAAACUAGUUACAUUUCUACUGACUUCACUCAGUGAACCCUUGGGUUAUCCAGAAUAGUGAGUGAGGUUAAAGCCUUGCUAUCAUAUAUGUAUAUCAUUACUACAGAUAACUGAUGACUAUUCUACUAUUGCAAACAUUGCAUUGAAGCUUCUGUUUAAAUUACUUGUAAGGCUUUAUUUGCAAAUGUAAACUGUUUCAGAAUCACACAGAGUCAAAUUAAGUUAGAGCAUACAAUUAACAGUCACAAAAAAAAUAUUUUUGUUACACUAGGUUUUUCUAAAUUUGGACUAUAUAAUUUGGUUUUAUGUGACUAGACAUUUCAUUUGAGUUAUGUUUUAUUCCCAUUGUUGCCAGCUUCUGAUAAAGUAAUCUCCAAAGAGAUGAGAUAUAUGAAUAUAUCUUUUAAAAAAUCAGACAGGGGCUCGGGGGCAGGAGUGUUAUAUGCUAGUGCUAAACCAACCAUUGGCUUUAUAAAAAGGCAUUGCUUUUCCCAAAUUGACCACUCAAUGAAUAUUUACAUUUUACACAGAAUAAUAUUUGUAUAGAAUUCAUGGAGUUAAAUUUAAGUGUGUAAGAGCCUUAAAGUGAAAAAGUGAACCUUUUCACUGCCUUAAAAUGUGACUGGCACUCCAGUACAGGCAUUCUAGUUACUUUCCAUGGAGUCUGUUCAUUAAGUAAUGCCUUAAUAAGUAUUCUAGUGUUUCUGAAGUACAGAACUCAAGGGGUCUUGUAGAAUUUUAAAUUUUACAUAAUGAAUGGAAUUUUAGCUAUUAAGUUUUUAAACCUGAUUGCACAUUAGUAGUUUAAACACCCAUUAACAGACUGUUCUGGGUACACCAAUGUAUUAUACAUACCUGACUGUUAACAUCAGUAAUAUUUUGUGGUAGUUUGUAUUUUAUUAAUUUGUAUAAUAAAUUAUCCAAGAAGCUGGACUUUAUGGCUAUUACAUGACCUUUGAGGACCAAGUUGCAUAUUUAACACUAUGAAUGAAAAUACAUUUGUACAGUUCAGAAAUGAUUAAUUUUAUAAGGAAACUUUCUGAGACAAAAGGCAAAUGUUUUGUUUCAAGCCUAUAAGCAAAUUCAUCUGAACAAGUGAAUAUAGUAGUAAAACAUUGCAACUUUUGCAGUAAAAAGUAUCCAGGCCAGUGAUUUGUUUAAUUACAUUUACACUUUUACAUUCACUUUGCCUUUCAAAGCAGGACUGUUUUAUAAAGCCGAAAGAAAACUAUAAAUUGUCAAGCUGGUGCUUAAAGGUAUAUUAAGUUUGAUUUGUAAAAAUUUUAUUUCAUUUCAAAGAAAAAGACCCUGGAAGGGGAGGUUAUUCUAGUCUGUUGAUAACCUAGCUGAUGCUUUGUCAAAUCUUCCAAGUUUCACUGUAAACAAUAUACCUAACAGUGUCAUGUCACUGUUUUCUGAUAGGAAAAGGGUGAAUAUACUAAUGUAUUAAAUUAAUUUCAUGAUAAAAGUUUUCACUGAUACUGAGGAAACUUGACUCUCCAUUCCAGCCUUGCAAAAUACCACAUUAAAUAAAUCAUUGUAGACAUGAAGUGAGGUGGGCACUAGAUGGACCCUUUCUGGCCAGCUGUAUUACUGUAGAAAUUGAUAAGUGUACCAAAUAAACUCUAUGCACAUCAUA